AUGGUUCCAAAAGCCGGAUUUUCUCGCGAAGAUCUUUGCCUGGUUUGUCAAGACACAGCCACUGGAUAUCAUUACGGAGUUCCAUCUUGUAAUGGAUGCAAAACAUUUUUCCGCCGCACAAUUAUGAAACGACAAAAAUAUAUCUGCCAAAAUGAGAAUAAUUGUCCAGUUGAUAAAUCGAUUCGAUGCGCUUGCCGAUUUUGUCGAUUUGAGAAAUGUCUUCAAGUUGGAAUGAACAAAAAUGCAUUGCAACAAAGCAGAGAACCAAUUGGAUAUACGAAAAGAACAAGAAGAGUUCCAAGAAAAGUCAGUUUUGAUUCGAGUUUGAGCGAAGAAGAUAGUUCUGUUGGAACUCCAGAGAGAAUCACACCUCCAGAAUCACCGGAAGAAGUGUAUAGUUUAUCGGAUAAUUAUUUGAAAGUAUUAUCGUCGCGGGAAAAAUGUGCAAAUGAUUUGAGAUUAUCAGAGUAUUUGCCGAAAAGAAGUUUGAAAGAGGCACUUUGCUCGAAACCACUUUUGAGUGAUCCAAAUUUCAUGAACAAACACGGAUACCCAGUGAGUUGAUUUUUUCUCGAAUCACUUUUUUGAAAAUAAGAUAAAUUGUUUCUAACUCCUGAUGAAUUUCCAUUUUUCCGAAAAAAAUUGAAUGGGACCCAAGAAUUUUACAAUUUCAGAAAAAAAUAUUUUCUAAAAAAAAAACCCUAUUCCUGAAACGUAUCUGAAAACUCUUCAACCAUGCUUUUUAGAGCCUUCGUCACACAUUCAGCGAGCUUCGAUUCAUCCAACAAUCGGAUUAUCAUUAUUGGCAUGAGAGAGAUUGGUUCCUUCUCACAGAAUACGCAAAAUCCUUCGAAAUCUUCCAAUAUUUCCCAUAUGAAGAUAAAGUUCAACUUGUUCGACACGCUGGAAUAACUAUUCCAGUUUUGGUUCAAUGUUUCAAUUCACCAAAUAUGGGUCCAGAUACUGUAGUAUUUCCAGAUGGCGCAUAUUUCGAUAGAACUCAUGAGCCAAGCCGGUCAGUUGAUUUGUUUUUCCAAUUUUUGAAAUCCCCCUCCCCACACCCCCUAGAACUCAGUGUUGUGUUCAAUCGUUGUAGGCCAGCCGGACUGAACAAGAAAAAAUAUCAAAUGCUUGACUUGGUUUUGAAGCCGAUGAGAGAUAUUCAAGUUGAUCAUGUGGAAUUUGCCGCGUUCAAAGCAAUCACUUUUCUGAAUCCGGAUGCUGAAAUCAGUUUGGAAAGUAAAAGGAUUAUAACUGAUGAAAGGGUUGCAAUCACAAAACAAUUGUAUUCUUAUAUGGUUCGAAAAGAUGGAAUUGAGAUUGCCCUUGAAAGGUUUGUCUAGUGCAAAAAAAUGUUUGAAUUCAAAAUUGUUGAUAUUUUCAGAUUUAGUCGCCUGAUUUUGAUGAGUUCAUCAAUGUCAAAAAUGGCCUGCGAAUCGAAAGAAGCCGUUUGGAUCGCUGAUUUUUUCAUGAAUAUUGGAUUUUCGAAUUUCGCCAAGGAAUUAUUUUUUGGAGAAAAUGAGGAUGAAAAUGAAAUGAAGAUGUGGAGCUGA